AUGAGCGGCUGUGCUUUGGCAGGCUUUGUUCGCCUCCCCACGAACAAUUUGAACUCAGUGCUGCAAGCGCUUGCAAGCAGAGGUCCAUUGGUAGUCGGGGUGGAUGCGUCCCGCUGGGAUGUCUACGGCCACGGAAUAUUCGAUGGCUGCGAUCGGGAUGCCACGAUCAACCACGCCGUGGUCUUGGUAGGCUAUGGCCGGGACAUUCUGGGUAAAGGCUAUUUCCUGAUUCGAAACUCUUGGGGCAAGGCUUGGGGCGAAGAUGGAUACAUGCGUUUACUGCGGCUCUCCAGUGAUCAGGGCGAGCUGGGCCACUGCGGGCUGGAUCGUAAACCGCAGGAAGGAGUUUGGUGUGAAGGCGGCGCGCCCCAGGCGGCACGGUGGUUAUCCAUCUGGGCCUUCUUCACCGAGUGCACCAAGAAAACCCGGGAGUACAAACAGGCCGCAGCCGCCCGGUGUGCGCCCUUUCCAGAAGUCCACGUCAUUAAGCGACGUUGCGCCGAGGAUCCCCAAAACUUUACCUGGGGUGAGAAGUACAAGCGGCUUGCGGGAGAGCUCAGGCAGGUCCUGGCUGACAAGGCUAUCAGCGUCACCGAUUUCAAGACUCCGCUGCUCAAGAAGAGCCAGCGCAUCUAUGACAGGUACUCGGAGUGGGAACGGCGCCUGCCAAAGAGCACGCCAUCGAAUGCCUCACACAAGUCCUCGGUUCCAAGCCGGCUCGGUGCCUUCGAAGUUCAUCUCGUCCAGAGCACCUGGGAUCCCGAGCGCUGCUGUCCAGCCACCCUGGGGAACCACAGGCACCAGGGCCCUGCUGUGAACCUGCCGGAGGGCAUUUUUUGCACAGCCUGUGCAGAAGUUCUACGUGACGAAAGGCCGAUGACCUACACCAAGGACAGUCUGAAAGAGCAGCACAUGCUCCUCCACUCGAAGCUGUGGACCCGGCGCUGGCCCGGUCUUAAGCCACUGCUUGUGCGCAUUGGGAUCGCAACAGUACCGCCUCCACCACUGGUGCCCAGACCGGCGCGAUUGGUCGAAGUGGAUCCUCCGGCGUGCCAGGAUGUGGCCCCGACUCCGAGAUCUCUGACUUGUGAGCGGAAAACCCUGAAGUUUCCGGAGGAUCCAGCAGACAUAAUCCGGAAGAAGAUGAGUGCCCUCGAUUGCCCGGCGCAGAAGGGAUGGAUUCUGGACUUGAGUUUGGGUACCGAGGUCUUGUGCAAAUGCGGUGGCGGAAGCCACCAGCUGAGCGUGGGUGCGGUUAUUGCAGAGAUUCAGCCUUUAGGCUUUGAUGGUGACAAUUUUCGACACUUCGUGGAGCAGAAGCGCGAGCAGUUUCAGGGCGAAGACGUGAAUGCUUUUCUGAGGUCUUUUCUUGAUACGGAAGGCCAGGAAGUCAUGACCAGGCUUGUUUCCGAAAGACAGCAAAAAGUCAAAGAUCAGAGAGAUCUUGAGGAGUCUGCCUUUCAGCGGUUGCUGGCUUGCAAAGAAGACCUCAUGAGCCAGCAGCGGGAUAUCUGCGAGAGUUACAGCACCGCUCUCCGGGAGGGCCAGAUCCAAGCUGAAAGAGUCUUUGUCAAGUACUGCAUUACCUGCGCUACUUCUGUUCCAGGAGCAAAGGUGAGCAUUGAUCCCGAGAGCACCUCAGUAGAGGACGCGCUCGAGGAGUUGGACAGGGCCAAGCAGCUGAAUGAGACAUUGGAAAAGGCCUGGCAGGACUGGGAAGAGGCGAUCGAAUGCUGGUUGGAUGUGCCGGAGGUUUUCCAACAGCGGCCUGACCUUGCAAACGCAAACUUCGACAAGGAUGAUGCUGAUGCGAAGGCAGCUCAGUUGAGAAAGCAGGCUGACAUGAUCCGCCGGAAGAUGACCAAGUGUCUUCCAGACCGUAAUGAGUAUUCUGACCGGCUUCUCCGAAUACAGGAGGAGUGGGCACACCGUGUCGAAGAGUACAGGGACAGCGGCGAGGGUUUGCCAGCUUAG